ACAAAGGUAUUUGACCGGGUCAAAUUAAAAGACUUACUAGAUACCUUUAGGAAUAAAAAAAAAACGAUCGAAAAUAUCUACCAAAACAACACAAUAAAAGUAAAAGUAGAAGAACUAACUAACUAAAUUUACUUAGAUGGAAAUUGCAGCUGGGAAGUCAGAUAAUAAACCAAGUGAUGGUGUUUAAAUAUCUAGGCAUCACAUUAUCUAGCUACGGAAAGCUCAAAACCGAAGUGGAAGAUCAAGUGAAUAGAGCAAACAGAGCCGCAGACUGCCUAAAUAAAACAAUAUGGAGAAAUAAAAAUAUCGGAAAAGAAACGAAAGGCAGAAUUUACAAAACAGUCAUCAGACCAAUAAUGACAUACGCGGCAGAAACAAGACCUGAUACAGAGAGGACAAAAAGGAUGUUAGAAACAGCAGAGAUGAAAACACUUGAAAGCAGAGAUAAAAAUACUUGGGACAAAGGCAGAAGUACAGAUAUACGACGUGGAUGCAAGGUGGAGAACAUUAAGAACUGGAUAGGAAAUAGAAGAGUAGAGUGG